CACCCUUGCAAUCAUUGUCCUAUUGCCCUCUCUCCUCCACAAAUAUAUCUCUCACUCUCCCCCACCCUCGCCUGUCUCUUACGCCACUUUCCUCGCCCACUUCUCCGCCGCACACGGUCCAAUCCACUCUCUCCGGCAGCUACUUACCCUCAAACUCAUGUCCAGAAUGUCAUUUCACAGGAAUCAUUAAAAUAUUAUUAAUCAGUUAAAUUUGUUGAAAAUUAGUCUGGAGUUGAUGGAGCUGAACAAUCUGAGGGUCGAAUCACAUGUAGCGCAGAAAAACCGGCGACGUAAAUUGAGAUUUCAGCAAAGCUCCGGUGACCUGAAUAACCAACAUCCACUUCAUGACCACCCUCAGUUCGAACCCAAAGAUAUACACCGACCCUUUUCAUACAACACCAAUGUCUUCCCUUCCGAAAUGUUCAAUUCCGUUGCUAGGAAUCCACAUCUGCUGUUACCUUCCGGCCAUGGUUUUGUAUCCCAUGACCAAGAUUCUAGUCCAGGUUCAAGUUCGGCUUUGGGUUUGGGUUCUUCGGAGAGGAUGUUGAUAAGUUCCAGUGGUGGUGGUGGUUUUGUUAAUUUGGCGAAUCCACAGAAUUGUAACGACUGGAAAACUGUUGUUUCUUCGCAACAAGCUGCAGCCAGUGAUCAUUGGAAUUUAAUUAGCUAUUCGAAUGCUGCUGCUGCUUCGACGAGUAUUGAUCAAAGGAACUUGAAUUCAGGCUGCUAUGGCUACCAACAAGAUGUGCACAGUGUUCCGGCGUUUGGUUCUUCUCCUUUUUACCAUAACACCCUUCAACAAGAUCAAGUCACUCUUGCCCAACUUCCUCAUAGCAAGGACGAUUCCGUGAUGAAUCAGUCAAUUCCAUGUUGGAUGAACAAUUCUGAUCAUGAAUCGGGUCUUUUAGCAAACCGAGUUCAUGAAACAACAAUGGCUGCAAAUGAGGGUAACUGCAACACUCAAGCCUUAUCUUUAUCACUUUCAUCAGUCCCACACCUUAAAGAUGAUCAACCCAAUCUACAAUCGGGUCAAAAACCUUUAAAGUCGGAUCUAUUACCACCCAACUCCGAUCCUAAAUCUUUCAUGGGCGUUUCAUCUAUCGGUCACCGGAAUACCGGUCCACUGGGUCCGUUCACCGGGUACGCUACAGUUCUAAAGAAUUCCAAGUAUUUGAAGCCUGCACAAGAACUGUUGAACGGGAAUUGUGAUGUAGGGGGUCAGGAUCUUGUUCAAGCAAGUCAUGAUGUUUACUCCCACAAAAUUCUUGAAGAAGAAAUGAGUCGUGCUUUCAGUUCUUCGGAUGCUUCAGAAGAUCCUAUCAGUAGCCGAAACAAUAACUCCGGUUCUGAAUCUCUCCGUCCAGAAUUUCAUCGGAAGAAGGCCAGGUUGCUAUAUAUGCAGGAAGAGGUAUGCAGAAGGUACAAGCAGUAUCUGCAGCAAAUGCAGAUGGUGAUUUCAGCUUUUGAAACAGUAGCAGGACUGAGUACCUCAACACCUUACGUUUGUUUAGCUCUCAAGGCGGUUUCCCGGCAUUUUCACUGUGUAAAGAACGUGAUUUCCGAUCAACUGUCACAAAUGAAGAAGAUGAUGGGAGAGACCAUGUCCAUGAGUGGUAAUAAAGCAGCUUGUGAUCCUGAUUAUGUGACAUCUACUUCUCGCCUGAAAUCCAUUGACCAGAGACUUGAAAAAUCCGGUGGUGGUUCUGCCGCAUUCUUUGCAUCACAACAACCGGUGUGGAGGCCUCAAAGAGGUCUCCCUGAACGCGCUAUCUCAGUUCUUAAAACCUGGCUUUUCGAUCAUUUCCUUCACCCGUACCCUUCGGAUGCAGACAAGCAUAUGUUGGCUACUCAAACUGGCUUAACCAGAAACCAGGUUUCAAACUGGUUCAUAAAUGCAAGAGUUCGAAUUUGGAAACCAAUGGUGGAAGAAAUACACACCCUUGAAACCAAAGGCUUGGCUGAACCGAACCAACCAGAUGGUCAGGAACCUAACCGGAUCGACAUGGGUUCGUUACCAAACUCGCAGCAACAAGAAUAUUCAAGAAACAAUGGGAUCUUAACAGUAGUAAAUGAUCAUGAUCAUGAUCAAUCAAAUGACCAUGAGAAACAAGCUACUGAUAGACCCGAAUACAACCAGAUGCAGGCAUUAACCAGUAUGGACCGGCUCAUGAACAUUAUCCCUUACCCUCGAGCCACAUUUGAUGCAAGUGGGUUGGGUCCGGUUUCUCUUACUUUGGGACUUAGACAAAAUGCUGAGCAUGUUCAGCAGUUGCAGCAACAUUUUGGAGGAGAUAGAGAAGGAGAUACGGUUUUAAUUGAUGGUAAACCUCAUCUUUUUUUUUUGUUCCAAUAUGCUUAA